CCGCUGUAUAUUGUCUCGAAUGUGAAGCGGUGGACGGGCGUGGUGGAUGAUGAAACCGCAUCCCAUUUGCUCUCGCUUUUUCUAACGUGGGACAAUCCCCUGGCACAAGUGGUUGAUUCGACGAUUUUCCUCCGCGACUUGAACUCUGGCAAUACACGCUUCUGCUCGGCCCUCUUGCUUACGAUGAUGCUUUACUAUGGCUGCAACUAUUCGUAUGACCUGGACCGACCGUGGGAUCGGUCCGAGGAAAAGGCCACCGCCAGAUCUCUGUACGCGGAGAUUCAACGCCUGUGGCCCCUGGAGAAGGACACGGUGUGUCUGACAACCGCGCAAUCCAGCAUGCUGCUAGGGGCGGUUUUUUCUACCUCGGGUAAGGACAAGAUCGGAUCGCAGUAUAUUGAGUAUGGUGCAUUGAUAGCACGCAAGCUUGGAAUUCACAAGGCCUCGUGCCCGUCGUUUCAAUCAGACUGCCUGCAAGAAGCAGAGGAAUUGUCUCGAAUACAAAAGGUCCUAGCCUGGACGGUCUUCGAUUUCCAAGCUUUUGUGGCCCACGUCUACGGCCGAAGGCCUGCUUGGCAAUCGCCCCCCGAGAUCGAACUGACCAAGGCUGAAGCCGAUCUGGCCGACGCAGGCGGCAUCUGGUCGCCAUACCCAUUUGCCUCUCCAGUCUUCAAGCCGUAUAACUACGCCGGGCUGCGCGCGAGAUACGGACUCAGCGUGGUGGUGAAUCAGAUCGCAUUACUAGCCAAGGAACUGCCGGAAGGGAUGUCUCUGUCCCAAGAACAUAACAAGCGAGCCAUGGAACUUGUGGGCAGGUUAUUAGCCUGGAGGAAGUCACUGCCAUUGAGUCUAUGGCUGGAUGUGAAUCCUACCCCGAUCAACUUUGGGUUGUAUCUCUACUACUACACCACCCUCCACUUCCUAUGCGAACUCCUCUGCAGCAAGUCCGACACAAAAGACUUUUCCCCUCAUGACCCCCAUAAAUUGUCCACCGCGGCCAUUGACUCCACCGGCUCCCUCUUGCUACUCUAUCGCAAAACGCAUGGAUGGAAGUCGCUCCCCAUCGUGAUGCAGCAUUAUUUUGCCGUUGUGGGCGUCUUCAGCGCAUCAAAGCUUACUCCAACCGUCCCGCAAAGGAGUCAUAUCUUGGAAUGCUGCGUCUCGGGGCUGUGGCAUAUGAGCCUUUCAUGGAGGCUGUGCCGCAUCCUUCUGCGGAUUCUGGAAUUAGUGCUGGAGCAGGCUCGGCCGAAUCCCAACCUAAUACCACCCACUGUGAAGCGAAUCCUCCAAGAGCUACGGUCCAAGGUCUGGAGGUCGACCGACACGGAGAACGUCGAGGCCGAGUAUAUGAUCCAUAACCUCCCGGGCGAGGGGUCAGUAGACGGUUUGGAGAAUGUCUUGAGGGCCUUGGAUACGGUCUCCCUGAAU